CGCAGCUCAGGAGCAGACCGUUUGAGAGCGAGCACCGCGAGGACGUGCCGCGUAAAUACGCACGAACACCAGCGUUUGAAAAGUUACGCACGGUGAUCUACAGCAAGUUAAACUAAUUGUCGGAACCUGUCUCUGCCCCCUGAGCGCAGAAAGUGGAUGUGUAUCGCAUUUUGGACAUUUUCAUCACGUUGACGCCGCAGUGUUUUUGGGGCAAUUCGUGCCUGGACUUUGCACCCUGUGUCCCAUCGCUUGUUUUGAAUGGAUUUAUAAUACUUUUCAAAGGAACAAAGAUAUUUUUUAUUCGGAUAAAAGACGGUUUACAAUCUAUAAAGACUGUUUUUUGGAUACGACUUGGGACAAAUGUGGAGUUUAAGACCGAGGCGAGAGGACGCGGAGUAGCCCCGGGACGAGGUUUUCCGAGGUCUAUCCGAUGCCUUUUUCCAGACUGUGGUUCUGAGGCGGUCUCCAGCCUUGGUCCAGUCCUGGUCCAGUAGUUCUUUGGUGGGAAUCCUGUCAAUACUUUGCUGGAACCAUGUCGGGACUAAAACUGGUCUUAGUUCUGGUUACGGUCCUUCUUCCCUGUCUGUUUUCCUCUGUGACCUGCAAAACAAUCCAACACAAGACCAAAGGUUUGCGGGUAUCCAGGCCACUGAUCCUGCCUGGGUUCCCAGAGAAUAGCAGUGCGGUGGUGGGGGGACAGACUAAGCUCCUCUGCAAGGUGCACCGACCUGACAAAACGCAGGUCCAGUGGCUCAAAGCGGAGAUCAGCAGCAGCUCAGAGGAGAACCAGGGCCAACGCUUCCAUCUUCAGGCUUUGACACCUUUACAGAAUAAUGGCACUAAAACCUACUCACUCCAUUUGACAAACAUCACAGCAGAAGAUGGGGGAGAGUACAUCUGUUUGGCCCAAAGUGUCCACCAGGGCCAGACUGUGCAGGCCAUGGAGUCGGCAUGGCUUCAAGUUAUCCCAGGUACCACUGCAUCAAAAACAUUGGAUCGGACAAGCUCUGACAUGUCAACAUCUCAAGAUGUUCUCGAGGACUUGCUGGAGGACACCACGGAACACCUCUUGCUGGAGCCAGGGAACGUGAUGAAGCUGAGGUGUGACCUGAGCUCUCGUCCCGGGAUGGCGGUGUCUUGGUACAAAGAUGGAGUGCGGGUCUCAGCCACGCCCCGGGUCCAGAUGAGAGGGACCUCCAUGGAGAUCGCAGACGUGACCUACGACGAUUCUGGGGUCUACGUGUGUGUCCUCAGAGGAACUAAAGCGCCUCUCAGGAACUUCACCAUCACUGUCACUGACGCUCUUGGCUCCGGUGAUGAUGAUGAAGACAACGGUUUGGACGAUGCCUCGGCUGAGAUUGAAAAUGAUCAGGUUUACAUUUCACGAGGCCCUUAUUGGACUCACAUACAGCGGAUGGAGAAGCGCCUCUAUGCGGUCCCUGCUGGUAAUACUGUUAAGUUCAGAUGCCCUGCCAUGGGAAGCCCUAUGCCCUCAAUACGCUGGCUUAAAAACAGGCGAGAAUUUCGGGGAGAGCACCGCAUUGGAGGAAUCAAACUAAGACAUCAGCAUUGGAGUUUGGUGAUGGAAAGCGUGGUUCCGUCUGAUCGGGGAAACUACACCUGUGUGGUUGAGAACAAAUAUGGUUCUAUCACACACAGCUAUGUCCUAGAUGUUCUAGAGCGCUCCCCUCAUAGGCCCAUCCUCCAGGCAGGUCUCCCCACUAACACCACCGCGAUUGUGGGUCAAGAUGUUCAGUUCUUCUGCAAGGUCUACAGCGACGCCCAGCCCCACAUUCAAUGGCUCAAACACAUCUCCAAGAACGGGAGUCGAUACGGGCCAGAUGGCAUGCCCUACGUACAAGUUAUCAAGACUGGCAGCUUGAACAUGUCUGAAGUAGAGGUCCUCCAUCUUGCUAAGGUAACACUAGAAGAUGCUGGAGAGUACACUUGUUUAGCUGGAAACUCCAUUGGCUUUGCUCACCAAUCUGCAUGGCUCACUGUUCUAUCAGAGGAGGAAGCCAACGCUAUGGAGGCAAUGGAGACCAAAUACACAGAUAUCAUUAUUUACGCCUGUGGGUUCGUGGCUCUGAUCAUGGCGGUCAUCAUCGUGGUGCUGUGUCGAAUGCAGGUUCACCCCAGACGAGAGCCUUUCGACGCACUUCCUGUCCAAAAACUCUCCAAAUUUCCUCUUCGCCGACAGUAUUCUGUGGAUUCCAACUCAUCUGGAAAGUCUAGCGCCUCCUUGAUGCGAGUGGCGCGGCUCUCCUCCAGUUGUUCCCCAAUGUUGGCUGGAGUUAUGGAGUUUGAACUGCCCUAUGAUCCUGAGUGGGAGUUUACAAGAGAAAAUUUGACUCUGGGUAAACCGCUGGGAGAAGGCUGCUUUGGUCAGGUGGUCCGGGCCGAGGCUUACGGUUUAAACAAGGAUCAGAUUGACAAGCCCACUACGGUCGCUGUCAAAAUGCUCAAAGAUGACGCCACUGAUAAAGAUUUAGCCGACCUUAUUUCAGAAAUGGAGCUGAUGAAAGUCAUGGACAAACAUAAAAAUAUCAUAAAUUUGUUGGGAGUCUGCACACAGGAUGGGCCCCUGUACGUUCUGGUGGAGUACGCAUCCAAAGGCAGCCUCAGGGAGUACCUUAGAGCCAGGAGACCACCCGGCAUGGACUACACCUUUGACAUCACCAAAGUCCCAGAGGAGCAGCUCACAUUUAAAGACCUUCUCUCCUGCGCCUACCAAGUGGCCCGCGGCAUGGAGUACCUCGCCUCCAAAAGGUGCAUUCACAGAGAUUUGGCAGCCAGAAACGUUUUGGUGACUGAAGAUAAUGUUAUGAAGAUUGCGGACUUUGGUUUGGCCCGAGGAGUUCAUCAGAUCGACUACUACAAGAAAACUACCAAUGGACGUUUGCCUGUAAAAUGGAUGGCCCCUGAAGCAUUAUUCGACCGGGUCUACACUCACCAAAGCGACGUCUGGUCUUUUGGCGUAUUGAUGUGGGAGAUAUUCACUCUGGGCGGAUCACCAUACCCCGGCAUUCCCGUGGAGGAACUUUUCAAACUCUUAAAAGAAGGACAUCGCAUGGACAAACCGUCAAACUGCACGCACGAACUAUACAUGUUGAUGCGUGAGUGUUGGCACGCUGUUCCAACACAACGACCAACUUUCAAACAACUUGUGGAAGAGCUCGACCGGACGUUACUGUCUAUUUCUGAUGAGUAUUUGGACCUCUCCACACCUUUUGAGCAGUACUCCCCUUCAUGUGAGGACACUUCCAGCUCCUGUUCCUCCGAUAACGACUCCGUUUUUACCCAUGAUGCCUUGUCCACGGACCCAUGCCUUUUGGGCUAUCACGACAUGCCUCAUCGAAUCCAGGCAAAAACGACGCUCAGAUAAACUGAAAUCUGCAACGUUUACUAUUGGAUUCCAUUUCUAGAGGCCUUACUUUGGAAUACAUAGUAAAUAGGAGUUGACACACUUAUAUAGCAGUACCAUGUUUCUUAAUGAUCAUAUGAACUUCAUGACAUUUUGAAAAUAUUUUUUUUAGAUUGUUUUUAAGAAAGCAUGUCUAGACUUCUAUUAUUUAUUUAGCUGAUGUUGCUUACCAGACCAAAUUCAAUGGUACACCUUUUGUUUGCAGCUAAUUUCCAAAAUGCUAAUGUUGUGCAUAUAUUUCUAACUCCGUGGUUGAACAACAUAGCAAUUAGCUUCAGUUAACUGCUAUAUUUGUGUUUGGGCCAACUCCUGUUUAUAGUCAAUGCUACGGACAUUUUCCAAAGUCCAAGGACCUCAGUUUGGGACCACAUUUGGGACCUGUUUACGGACCCUCGGCUGGAGCACUGUGGAAAUAAACUCUUUUGUUGAUUUCAAAAAGGACAUGUUUUUUGGACAUUUUUGGACAAUGAUGUCAGAAAAACUGCAAAGAAAACGCAGCACUAAGUCCACCAGAGGAGCAGAAGAAGACGUCGUUCUGACAAACAUUUUAAAGACAUUUUUAACCUAAAAAAGAUUUAUUUUGAUAAAAAGAAAGUGAUGUUAAUUAUAAAUCUCUUUAUAUAAGAUUAUUUUACUGUUGUUGCUUAUUUAAGAAGAAGAAGCUGUAUUAAACUCAGGAGUUCUUGUGUUAAAGUUGCUGUAGAGGCCUGAUCAUGAUUUCCUGUGAAUAUAUUUAGAAUAUUAAAGUAUUAAACUAUGUACAU